GCGCAGGGGGGCGGGGUUCAUUUAGUGCAGCCAAAUGUUUUGUUUUUGAUCUGGAUGGUGAAAUGAAACGACGCGCUAACACAGAAACGACGCAAUACCUUGUGUUAGGUUAAAAACAAAAGACAUAUUUGUGCACCGUUACAUUCAAUAGGACUUUCGUGGUUAACGGUGAUUAUUUGAAGGGUUUUCUAAACAUCAACCGGCACCAGCAGCUCCUGACAAGACAACCAGCCCUCCAUCAACCAGCAGCCGUUACACCUUGAUGUUAGCUAGCUGGCUAACGUCUAGCCAGCCGCUUCUGCAGCAGCAGCAGCAGCAGCAGUAGAGGGCAGCUCGGGCCCCUGCUCUGCUUUGUGCAGCUGAUUGGCUCGAGAUCUGUGACAGUGACCUCAUCUCUGCGUACAAAAAGAGGAAGCCAUGGGGAACACGAGCAGUGAGAGAGCUGCAAUGGGCCAGGGGGAGAAGGCUCACCGUCGGGACAGCCGGGGCACCAAGGAGGGAGAAAGGCCAAAAAUCUUGAUGGACAGUCCGGAGGAUGCAGAUAUAUUUCAUGGUGAAGACAUGAAAGCUCCAUUAGAAAAAGAGGAGUUUCUUGCAUGGCAACAGGAUUUGGAAGCAGAUGACAAAGGGUCAGCUUUAGACCGGCCGACCGUCUUUCGCUGGACCGGAGAUGGCAAGGAGGUCUAUCUAUCGGGAUCUUUCAACAACUGGGCCAACAAGAUUCCCCUUAUCAGGAGUCAGAAUAACUUCGUGGCCAUCGUUGACCUGCCUGAAGGGGAGCAUCAGUACAAGUUUUAUGUGGAUGGCCAGUGGACCCACGACCCAACCGAGCCAGUUGUAACCAACCAGCUCGGCACAGUCAACAAUGUCAUCCAGGUGAAGAAAACUGACUUUGAGGUGUUUGACGCCCUCAUGGUGGACUCACAGAAAUGCUCUGACAUGUCAGACCUUUCCAGCUCCCCUCCUGGACCGUAUCAUCAGGAUGCCUAUGUCCCAAAACAGGAGGAAAAGUUUAAGUCUCCCCCCAUACUCCCGCCUCACCUGCUACAGGUCAUCCUCAACAAAGACACUGGAAUUUCUUGUGACCCUGCGUUACUCCCAGAGCCCAACCACGUCAUGCUUAACCACCUCUAUGCUCUCUCCAUUAAGGAUGGAGUUAUGGUGCUUAGUGCCACACACCGCUACAAGAAGAAGUAUGUCACCACCUUAUUAUAUAAGCCCAUCUGACUGAAGACUCCAGUCUUGUUAAUCCUAUCAUAGUGUGUUACUGUACACUGAGUCUACAAAAUAUUCCAGGUCCACCUGCUUUCUCCAUAAUGUAGAAAGGCCAUGUGAAUCCAGGCAUAUAUCCCUUAUGGAGUUCACCUGUAAACUCUAUAUUCUGUUUUGAAGACAAAGGUCUAAAUGAGGUAAAGAGAGGGAGACAGGUUGAAUAAGAAGUUACAAGCUGGUGGAAAAUAAACAUCGACAUGAUUUCAGGCAGUUUUCAGUAUUAAUGUUCACAAAAUGCUUUGCAGUAAUACAUAGAAGCCCACAAUAUACAUCAGAAUUAUUUAAUGAUAAAACAGACAUGUACAAUUAAACUGUGACAGGUACAAAGGGAAAAAAAGCUUGUCAGGAAAAACAUCUUUUAAGAGGUAACUUUGCUGUGCAGUAUGUGAUAUCUGAACCCUAUUAGCAGUCCUGAAAAUAAGGUGCGCUUUGUGGAGACCUUUUGAGAUAUAAUGAUAUAAACCAAUAGGCUGCCAAUUCAUUCAGAACAGCCAGUUGCUGUUUUCAGUGCUUUGAAAAAAAAAAGGGAUCUGGGUAGCAAUGGCCUAACGAUGAAGAUCUUAGGUGGAUCUGUGAGUCAUAAGGGGGUUAAAAGAUCUGAGAUAUUUUGUACACUCAUUGUAUAUUAUUAUUUACAUCUGUUUAGGAUGAUAAAUGUCACUCAGUCACUCCAAUCCUCCUUAAUCUGCCUCGUUUUUGUUCUCUCACUGCCCUCUAUAGUUUUCAGUAAUAGUAGCCUUGCUUCGUAGACAUAGAGAGGCAAUAAUAAUAAGGUACAACACUAGGACAUGUCUGUAUUUAAAACACAUGUAUAUGUGAUGUGGGGGUUGUUGGGAAAUCUGAGUGAAAAUAUAUGGAGAAAUCACAGGCUUGUGAGAUGCAUGAAUUUGCCUUCCCUUGGUGACAUAAAAUCUCUCCAUUCGAUGCGAAGACGGGAAAGGCACAAACACGGUGUGAAUGUGAUGUUAAGGUUUCAUCAGACAGAGGACUUUAACUGCAAUAGUUUUUCACAACAUUUUUUUCCUAUUUAUCCGUAAUUGGAGGAAUGAUAUUUAGUCAACACCACACAGUGCACAGUAACCAAACCACUUUGUAUAAUUUGUAUAUUUGUUUGGUUUUUGUUUAGUAUUCAUAGAAUUUACCACUGUGGUUAAUGUAGUGUCUGACAACUCCCUUUAUAUAGACAAUGGCAGUAUUGUGGCCAAGUUCAUUUCAGUCAACACUGAGGCGAGAACAAGGUGUGGCUUAGCUGAUAGGGAACUGGGAUCAAAGCCAGACUGACAAGCUGAGUCUUUAUUCAGGAAUGAAUUUGGCCUAAACUUUACAAUCACAACAUUAGUUUUGUAAUUCAAUGCUAAACAUCCACUUUUAAAUCAGAAUGUACACAUAGUGAGGUUUAGGUGCUCAACUCAGCACAAUACCUGAAAUAUCAGAGGAAUAAUGUUUAGUUCAUUAAUGAAUCAAAGCUAAUUUAGUGUUUCUUGAACUACUGAUGCACUAUACUACUGAUACUUUAGUGGUAUAACAAUUUCUCUUCUUUUAAACAGCGUAAUUCUGUGAAAGUAAUGAAAGAUAUGAGUGUAACACUAAAUCGCUGAUGAUACCAUGCUGGCAGACUGAACAUGACAGCACUGGUUUGUGCCAUGGAAAGUGCCAGCUGAUAGUGGUUGUGAAAUAGGCUGUGUUUUUUCGAUUGGAGUGGCCCACUGAGGGCGUACAGCAGCGGCACAAGAAACUCCACUAUAAUUAAAGAAACAGUCUUGCCCUUUUGCACAGUAACAGUACCUGCUCCUACAAAGAAAUAUCUCAGACCAAUUCCUGCUUUUUCAGUCAAAAAAAAAAAAAAAAAGAUAAUCAAGACAAAGAAUGGAGAGAUCAGGUCAAAUACCAUAUCAGAUCCUUGAGUUUUUCUCUUAAGCGGGUCAAGGGACCAAAAUGAGGCUGAAGGACAAUACUGAUCAAGGAGUCGGCACAAGAACAUGUGACUGACGUUUUUUUGUUAUAAUGGAGAUAUUUUUGACUAUAUUGUUCAUAGUCAGUGCUUAUUUCAAAGGAAGUUUGAAGGAUUGCAAUAUGUUUUGAGUUGAAGACUCUGUGUAGUAUUUUCACAUAUCAGUAUGUCAUUGGCAAAUUAACCACAUUAACAUAGUGUAAUUACCAUAAACAAAUGAGACCAUGGUGAAGAUGAUUGGCAGCCUCUCUCUCAUGUCAGCGGUGCAGUGUUUGAUCUACACCGCAUGCAUCUUGGCCCUCUAAAAAUCAUGAAUGACCCGCUACAACUUGAUUCAUGGAUCCAAUCGACUUUCUCCCAGAUUGUUUUUGGGGAAAAAAAACAUUCAGUAUUAGGCGAUAAAUAAGAGUUUUGGGGGUCACUCGGACUUGCAGUAUCACCAAGGCACAAAUCUCCAUGCGGAACAGAUUGGAGGCUGCAGCAGACUGCCUCUUCUUUUUGUUCACAAGUGCAGGACAACAGCUGGAGAAUUAUGGAAAUGAGGAGGUGGACUGCAAGUUAAAACCAGAUAAAUCAAUAAAUAAAAAUCUCUGACACUGCCUGGGUGUCAAACUCAGCCAGGAGAGACCACACUGGAAUGUAUUCCUACAUGGCAGGGCCAUGGAGGUGUGCAGGCUGGGAGAUGUUUGUUUUCAUAAAUUAGUGGAGGGAGAGAGCAUCAUGUCGUAAUGCCAUAAAGAAACAAACAUUAGAGGUUGGAACUUCAUGUGAAAAGAAAAGUCAGAGCUAUAGCAAAAAGAAAGAAAAAAAAUCUAUCUAACUUUGCAGUACAUUUAUUAAUCUUUUAAACAAUGUUUUAAUAAAAAAAAUAUGCUUAUAGAUUUGUUAGGUGAGGGAGGGGAAAAUCUAAGCUAAUGUUAUAAAGAAAUGUAUUGAGGAUUAGGAGAGGGAAUUAAUUUAUUUUCAAUAAGAGAAAAAAUGUUAAACUAAAGUUAAAGUUCUUGAAAUUAACUGAAUGAAUAAGUUCAAAUUCACCUCUUUUGUGACUCCCUGGCAUUUGACAAUGACCCUCCAAAAACAGUAUGUGGUUUAGCUAAUCCCCUUUAAAUAAAUCCUGGAUCAAACACUGACGCUUUGUUGAGGCUACACUCUCUCAAACCCCAUUGCCUGCUCUCACAAAGAGGAUGUUGCUGCCUGUCCCUCCUCUCUGGUGUCGAUUGUUGCUGCAGCCCUCUUUCUGUUUUGUGCUGUAAAUUGGUCUCCAUUUGUGUCUAAAAUCCAGCAGAUUUCACCGCAUUCAUGCAGAGGCUGGCGGGGGCUGAUAAUCUUCUCUAUGAUGGUCUCGUUUCUGGGGUAAUUGUGCUAAUGUCUUAAAAUGAAAGUGCUAAUGAUUUAUCGAUGUUAAAAUGUCAAGUACCAUCUACAUGUAGUAGAAUUUCUGUUGAUGUAACCCUUUGAACCACACUGGAGUAUACACUUUCCAUUUGUGAGAGAUUUCUAUUAAAGAUUAAAUUAUGAAUUCA